GAACAUAACCGCAGCAUCAUCCAUAUAGACAUUGAUUGCUUUUAUGCACAAGUGGAAAUGUUACAUAAUCCUGAGUUAUGUAACAAACCUCUAGGUAAACAAUCCAAUAUGUGUGACUAGCCAUUUCAAUAAUUUUUUUGGAUUACUCUUUACUUGCCUUAUCUCAUCCAUAAUGUUUCACCACUUUUUAAUUACAAGUAGGAAUACAUUACUUGUUCCUCAUAGUUGUUGUCCAGUCUUGCUAACAGAAGACAUGUCAUAUUUAAAAUGUAUUGAUUAAUGUAACAUUGAAAUGUGUGACAUACAUUGGAUUAUUAUGAAAUUAUUUCUAACAGGCAUACAACAGAAAAAUAUAAUAGUCACAUGUAACUAUGUAGCGAGGCAACUUGGUGUAAACAAAUGUACAUAUGUGACUGACGCUUUAAAACUGUGUCCUCAACUCAUACUGGUUAGUGGUGAAGAUCUUACUAAUUAUAGACAGAUGUCUUAUCAGAUUUCAGGUAAGUUUUAAAAUUUUUAACACAGGUUAGAUAUUUUAAAGAGCAAACAAAACCCUAUAUUAAGAAGUACAUAAGAGCUAUUUAACUCGGUACAUAAUUUGAGGAAUAGUUUUCAGUCAUAUUCAGUUGCAAGUUAUUAUUUCUAAUUCUUGCUUUUUCAUAAUCAUAGAGUUUAUAAAGAAGUACUCCCCUCAUGUUGAAAGACUUGGAUUGGAUGAGAAUUUUGUAGAUGUUUCUGAACUUGUUUCUUGGAGGUUGCAAGAUGGAAAUUAUAAAACUGAAUUUUUGGGUCAUGUUUAUACAUCAAGUGAAUAUGAAGGUAACAUUUGUACUUAUACAUAGUAAAUUAGAUUCUAAAAAGUAAUACACUAUUGAACUACAUAUGUCAUUGUCAAUAUAUUUAAAUGAGUUAGUCACCACUAUUUUGAAAUAUCUUGCAACAUAUAGCAAUCAUCAUAUUUAAUAAAUUUUUACUGAUUUGUUGGGAUCAAAUAAGUAAUCAGCCUUUUUGGGUAGAUGAAUCAGCUUACAGAAAAUGCUUUCCAAGUCUCAAAUGUAAAUCAAGGUAUUUUUUAAUAGAGUCUUGCAUGGUGUUUUUGAAUUUCUUCAAAAUUUUACCCAAAUAGAUAUGCCCAAGACUCUAAACUUGACAUCUAAUAUUUUUGGUCCACAUUUUUAUAUUUUUCUGUUAGUGAUGUUGUUAAAGUUUACACAACGAUCGGUCAACACUAUAUAACUAUAGACUUUUUCAAAUCUGUGAAGCUUUAAAAUGAUGUAACUUACCCUUUUUGAUGUUUUUAUUUGGUAAUUUUCUAGCUAUUAUUUUAUGUCUCAAACUGCACUAGUGUUAUAGUUUACAUGGCUCUCACGAUAGUUUACAUGGCUCUCACGAUAUUUUACAUGGCUCUCCUUAUAGUUACCAUGCUCUCAUGAUAGUUUACAUGGGUCUCCUUAUAGUUUACAUUGCUCUCCUUAUAGUUUACGUGGCUCUCAUUAUAGUUUACAUUGCUCUCAUUAUAGUUUUCAUGGCUCUCCUUAUAGUUUACAUGGCUGUCCUUAUAGUUUACACGGCUCUCCUUAUAGUUUACCCGGCUCUCCUUAUAGUUUUCAUGGCUCUCCUUAUAGUUUACAUGGCUGUCCUUAUAGUUUACACGGCUCUCCUCAUAGUUUACCCGGCUCUCCUUAUAGUUUACAUGGCUGUCCUUAUAGUUUACACGGCUUUCCUCAUAGUUUACCCAGCUCUCCUUAUAGUUUACAUGGCUGUCCUUAUAGUUUACACGGCUCUCCUCAUAGUUUACCCGGCUCUCCUUUUCACAGCAGGGUGAGAUUUUUAACAAGAUUAAUUAUUUUGAUUCAUUAUUUUUACGUGCAUUUACAAUACAUUGCUUGUGCAUCAUUUGAUUGUGCAUCAUUUGAUUGUGCAUCAUUUGAUUGUGCAUCAUUUGAUUGUGCAUCAUUUGAUUGUGCAUCAUUUGAUUGUGCAUCAUUUGAUUGUGCAUCAUUUGAUUGUGCAUCAUUUGAUUUAUUGUGCAAAGCACUUAAAUGAUCCCCGAUUUUUGGGGAGAGGUUUUGGAUGAAAUUGAAAGAAAUGUGUGUAUAAUUGAUUUAGAUAAAUGUGUGUAUAAUUGAUUUAGAUAAAUGUGUGUAUAAUUGAUUUAGAUAAAUGUGUGUAUAAUUGAUUUAGAUAAAUGUGUGUAUAAUUGAUUUAGAUAAAUGUGUGUAUAAUUGAUUUAGAUAAAUGUGUGUAUAAUUGAUUUAGAUAAAUGUGUGUAUAAUUGAUUUAGAUAAAUGUGUGUAUAAUUGAUUUAGAUAAAUGUGUGUAUAAUUGAUUUAGAUAAAUGUGUGUAUAAUUGAUUUAGAUAAAUGUGUGUAUAAUUGAUUUAGAUAAAUGUGUGUAUAAUUGAUUUAGAUAAAUGUGUGUAUUUUGGCCACUUUCCUGUAUUUGUACUAAGAAACUUGAAAUACUAUCUUCAGCAGCAUAGCCGGUAGGGGAGCAGAACAGUGUCAGCUUCCCUUAGGACCAUAUUCACGAUUAAUUACAAUAAAAAGUUUUAAAGAAAAAUACAUAGUGAGACCAAUUAAACCUAGAUUGGUAUACAUCUACUUUGCUUAUUAGUGCAAACCUAAUAUUCCUUAUUUCAUUUCAGUUCAUUUCUGUUAUAGAAAUAAUGUGCAAACAAUGUCAUGGAGAAAUCAGCAAAAUGAUAUAUAUUGCCUUUCUUUAAUUAUGUAUUUUUCAUUCAGUAAAAAUAUUGUGGUUUAUCCAACUAACUGCUAAAUUUUGAUUGUGGCAUUCUUGAAAUUUGAUUUAUUUUUAGAGCAAAUGUGAUACCGGUAGUUUAAUUAGUGAAUACUUGUUAAAAAUUUUUGCUGCUAUUUACCUGAAUUUCCCCUCUUUUCUAUCUAGAAGUUCCUAAACCUACAUGUAAUUGUGGAUGUGAAUUAAGGUUGCAGAUUGCCUCUCAGAUAGCUGCUGAUAUUCGAGAAGCUCUAAGAAAAGAACUGGGCAUUACAAGCUGUGCUGGUAUUGCACAUAACAAACUAUUAGCCAAACUGGUUGGAGCUGUUCACAAACCUAAUCAGCAGACAUCAUUACUACCUCACAUGGCUGUAGGACUCAUUUCAUCUCUGUUAUCUGUUGGAAAAAUUCCAGGUAGAAUGACUUUAUUGAACUUCAGUCAAUGAUUUUAAUAACAGUCUUGAACUGUUGAACACAUACAUUUUAAUUUUGAGAUGUCCAGAUGGUACUAUUAUAUUAAUUUUUGAUCAGAGAUAAAUCCCAUCAUUGUAUUUUAGAUUUUCUUUACAAAAUGUUGUCUCUCUUUUAUAUUAAGUCACAGUAAUUUCAGAUAAGAUUUUCAUAUUUUUACAGGCAUAGGCCUAACUACAGGUAACAUGCUAAAACAAAUUGGAAUAACAACUAUUAAAGAUUUGCAGAGUUUUGACAAACAGACUUUAGAAAGAGAGUUUGGACCAGUCAAAGCAGAUUUUCUCAUCAAGUGCAGCCAAGGUGUAGAUGAUUCUCCUGUUCUUAAAUAUGGAUUACCGCAGGUGAGAAUUCUAAGCUCUUUUGAGCAUACUUAAUUGAAUGGACAAACUCUUAAACUUUUAUUAAUGCAAUGUUAAAUAAGUAAAACUGUUAUAACAAAAAAGGCUAAAAUUAAAAAUGUUGUUGUAAUUUAUGAUUUUACUUAAAGAAGAAGAUGAUAUUUGUAACAUUCCCUAGACCUUGAGUGAUGAGGAUUCUUUUAAGUGCUGCAGUGAGUAUAAAGAUGCUGAAGAAAGAAUUAAAAAUUUGCUGAUCAGCCUGUUAAAACGGUGAGUUUUUCUUUUUAAAAUGCUAAUUUUUCAUUGUUCUUAUGUUAAAUAAAAUAGUAUUUGUAUUUAAUUAAUGACACAAAAUUGAAUAAAGCCUGCAUAUUUUCAUAAAAUUAUAUUCACUCAAUUGAUAUAGAUGAAUUCUGAAUAUGUUUUUUGAUAAUUCAACAAUUAAUAUUCUGUUUGUCUCAUUGUUCUUCAUUAGAGACAUAGUGAGAAUAAUAAAAAUCAACAGUGGGGGAGGACUGAAUCUACUUCAGUUUAAUCCACCAUUCCCACACCAACUUAUCUACUGUACUUAAUAUCUACUUUACUUUUCUACUGUACUUGUAAUCUGCUACUGUACAUGUUAUCUACAAUAAUGGGGAUUAAUUACUGCAUAUCCAGGAUUUUACAUGCAGUUUUUUUAAUGACAAUGGAUGAGAAAAUAAUCUAAAAAUGUUGAACUUAGACUAAAAUUAAGUGAUUGACACAGCAGAACGUUGCAACAACCAAUUAAACCCAUUCUAUUUAUAUCACAUGUAGAAGCUUAAUUUUUAUCACUGAAAUUUAUAGUUCAUUAUUCAGAGGCCACGUUGAAUUUCAAAUAAACAUAUUUGAAUAAAAUUAUCAAAAAUGUUUGUUUUAUGUUUAUUUAGUUUUUUAAUCACUAACAUUUUAUUCUUCAUACUUUUUUUUAUACUGAAUAGAUUAAUAGAAGAUGGAAGAGUCCCUCAAACAGUGCGUUUGACAAUCAGACGAGUGGCAGAUGGCUAUAAAACUUGGCAAAGUGGUGGCAAAUAUGUGUACAGAAAAAGAGAAAGCAGACAGUGCCCAGUUCCUGGAUUGAUAUUUACGGGUUUGCACCAGACAGUUGAAACAUGUAAGAGGACUAUAAAGAGAUGUGAAUAGACCAUUAUAAAGUCUCUGCUGUUUUGUUCACUGCUUAUGAAGACUUAACUGAAUAUCCCAACUUCAUGCAAAUAAGCAUGUAAAAAAUUAAUGUAUCACAUGUACAAAACUGAUCUAUGACAUGUACAAAAUUAAUCACAAACAUAAGGUAGAUCUUGGUAUUUAUUUUAUCUGCUGAAGAUAUUGUAACUCCUUGGAGUAUUUAUUUGCAUUGUAAUAAGCUUAUUUGUAAUAAGCUUCUCUUGCAGUUAUAUUGUUACUUGUAAUAACUGGGCAUAUUUUAAUAGAUUAAAAACAUUUAUUUAUCAUUAUUUCGUUCCCGGUUUCCGGUUGGCAAGUCUGUUGUGGCUUGUCGAUUAGGAAGCGUCGGCCACCGACCCCCUCGGCGUGUGCCGGGAAACAGAACUACUGGGCACGCCUCGCGUGGGCAGACAAAGGGUGUGCUCGGUACCUGCCGUACAUAAAACAGCUCCCACAGGGCUGCCAGUUGUGAUACUUCACAGCCGGAAAAUUAGGCAGAGCCAGGGUAGGGAUCAUGAUUACAAGUUGCGAGGGUGGUAGCCUCUGGCCGAGGAUUCAAACAAUGCAGCCUUGAGAAAGCUGUCCCUAGGCAACCGUUUCGUCCCAGCUACAGCGCGAGCUAGUUGCGUCGUGGAAACCCGAUGCCUCGAGCCGGGGUGAUUGGGGGGGAGGGGGGGGCGUAAAGAGUGCAAACACGCCCGGCUGACGCCAUUUCUUGAUGUAAUAAUUUAAUUUAUCAUUAUUUCAACUGCUAAUGUCUGUACAUUCAUUCUGCUUUUAAAAAACAUAGGUUAAAGGAUUUUAAACAGAUUUUAAUUUGAAUUGGGACAGACUAGUCCGGUUAAGUGCAGUGUGUGCCGGUUAAGUGCAGUGUGUGCCGUUAAGUGCAGUGUGUGUCGGUUAACUGCAGUGUGUGCUGGUUAAGUGCAGUGUGUACUGGUGCUUCUAUUGAGGUUUUAACAUUGCUGAAAAUAUGAACUAUAAAAAAGAUUCUGCAUGCCUCAAAUCUACCUCAGAAGCCCAGGUGUUUUUCCUUUAACUAUUAGUUUUAUUAUUUCAGGUGCGACGGAUAUGAUGUGUGAGAGACUCAUGCCUGUGUUAAUGACCUUGUUCAAAAAACUUGUAGAUCCCUCAAAACCAUUUCAUCUGACACUCUUGAGCAUUAGCUUUGCUAAUUUGGUUAAAAGCAAUACUGGCAAAGGAAAAAUCAGCUCCCUUUUAAAGAAACAUGCAGAUUCCAAAAGAAACAAAAUGGCAGCUGAGUCACUGAAAGCUGUUUAUUGUACAAAGCAUGAUGGGGACAUUGUCAUGUUUAAACCAAAGAACUCACAAAAUGAAAAUACAAGUUCCAUAAUGCACUAUUUUAAGCAGACCUCAGUUUCUCAUCAGGGAAGUGCUACUUUACCAGAAGAAACCAGUCCCGUAAAUAAUCCAUCGUCUCAAACAGUAAAAAAACACAAAUCUUCAGAUGCACCGCUUCCAAGAGAAACUGUUCAUGAUCAACAGGUUGCUCAAAAUAACGUUGAGGUCACCACGAUAUCAGAUUUCAUACCUGAGAAAAGUUGUACCCCCAUUCCAAGACUUGGAGAACCUUCUACUGUACCCCUCUUUUCACAAGCUUGUAGUGAUUCAAUGUCUGAUAGUGUCACUGAUAUAAAAAUGAAUACCAAAAAAUCAGCUAAGAAUUCACACAUGCGUAAAAUUUAUGGCAAUGCAAAGCAUGGUCAGAAUUUAGAAAUGGCUGAAACAGUUAACAAGACAGUGUGUCAAAAUGAGGAAAGUGAUAGUUUACAGAGAUUAUUGCCUGAAGGGAUUGAUGCUAAAACAGUUUCAGAAUUGCCAUAUGCUUUGCAGAAGGAAAUACUUGCACAAUAUGGGAUCCUAGCUGAAGGAGAUGACUGCCGCAGACGAUAUACUUUGAUGUCUAAAACAAUUACCACUAGGUCACACUCCACUGCAGCUGUUCAACACUCCACCGCGGCUGUUCAAUUUUCCCCCAUGGCUCCGGCCAUUAAAAGACUGAGGCCACAGAAGAGAGCUGAAGAAGAGCGUGGCUCAGAUGAAGGAUCAUCUUUGAAAGUCAGGAAACUUUCAUCAACAGAAGGAGCUGAUUCCUUACCUGUUACUGGGGAAACACAAGAACCCACUUCACCAGUGAGCACACAUGCAAAGGAUGCAGGCUGUGAGGAAUCAAGCAGCACAAUCAAACAAUCUAAAGUGAAUGAGGAUCCUACUGUCCACUCUGUGUCGUCAUGCACCAAAAAUAAGAUGAAGUACUCCAACGAUAAUUCAGCUAGGGAAGCAAUUAAAUCUGUUUUACCUCUUGGGACGGUAACAUUUGAAAACAAACAUUUACAACCAGGUAGUGGUCAGUCACCUAUUAGUAGUGGUCACUCAACUACUGGAGGUGGUCCUUCACCCAAUGUUAGUUGUCAAUCACCUUCUAAAAGUGAUCAGUCAACUAAACAUAGUGGUCCAUUUCCUAAUGGUAGUGGGCAGUCUCAUAAAAGGAAGGGUCAGUCUACAAAAGGUAGUGGUCAGUCCCCUAAAUCUAAAGGCAGUGGUCAGUCCCCUAAAUCUAAAGGUAGUGGUCAGUCCCCUAAAGUUCUCUUCCCUAAUAGUAAUUUUCAAUCAACCAAUGGUUUUCCUAAAAUGUCAGAGUCACAUUUGAUGCUAUUAUCGCAGAAGAAAUCCAGUAAUGCAGUCGCAUCACCGAGUACUACGAUGAGUACAAUAGUUUCCAAUGAAAUCGACCCCACAGUAUUUUCAGAAUUACCUAAGAACAUCCAAAGUGAAAUUUUAGCCCA